AUGCGGAGGGAGGCCAUGACCGCGCUCACCGAGGUGCUGCGCGACGACAAGAAGUGCGUUCGCGUCGUGGCGUUCAAUGUUGCGGACGGUGUCGACGUCCUCGUAGCACUACUUGAGUGCCCGAACACCCACGUCCAAGAGAUGGCCCUGGAGGCGGUCUCGGUGAUCGUUGGAUCCGAUGCACAUAGGGGAAAUCUGGUCAUUGUUGGCAUCAUUGUGCCCCGUGGUCCGUGUCCUUGA